AUGGAAGUUGACGAUUCUGAAGUACUCAGUGAUAAAGAAGAAUCGAAGACGACAGCAGAAAUCAAAGGACUGCCGAAGUCGGGCCGAUGGUGGAAAAAUACACGCAAUGCGAGAAGUGCCUCUGCUAGCUAUGAAUGCGAAACCCUUCGUGGCUACGGUUUUAACAUCAGUAACGUUUUCCGAAUUGCGAAUGUACAUAUAUGUUGGCGAAUGUUGAGACCUAUAAGGCACAGUGCCGUGGUUAAAGUAAAACCGUUGAAGUCAUCAUGGGAAAAGAAAAUGGCCGACAAAGCAAAAUUGAAACAGGCGAAGCUACUUCAGCAGGAAAUUCGUGAUCGACAACUCCAAGAAAAACAGGAGAAGAUUGAGCGCAAGAAAGAGCAGGAGAAGCGUCGUCUAGAAAAUGAAAGAAAGGGCGAAGUAGUUCAGGUAAUCAGGAAUACGGCGAAGUUGCGUAAAGCCAAGAAAAAACAACUGCGUAUGAUUGUGAAACGGGAUACAAAUUAG